GGCGUGGUUCACCGUCGAGCUGCGUGAUGAGAUGUAUGCACUCAGGAGGGAGCUCGAUCGACUGAAGAAGAAGGUGGAGAAGCUAUGCGAUAACGUGAGUGAGUUGAAGAACAAGCAUCCUAAUUCGAGUGUUACGUUAGAACAACUCAAGGAAGCGGUGCAGAAGGUGGUAGCUGAGGCGAGCGUGAAACAAGCUUCGUCGUUACCAAGAAGUGACGCCUCUGCCGAGAAGCGCAAACGCGAGGAAGUCAAGAAAGACACAGCGGCUGUGUAUACGUUUAUCUCUCCACGGGCGAUGUUGUCGGUGGAACACCGAACUCCAGCAAAGAGGACGCCGGGGAAGCUUGCAUCAGGCCCAAGCAGAGCGAAGAAGGCGAAAUUGCGACAAAGCGAAGCUCGCCAGAAGGUCGUGCGAUUCACUGUCAGGCGAAGGAUUUUAGAAGGAAAGCAGAUUUCAGAGAAUAUGUUGCAGAGCCUGCAGAUGGGGGAUCUCAAAAAGUUGUGCACAAAGCACAAUAUCAAGUAUAAGGGCAUGCAGCAGGCACGCGUAGCCCUUAGAAAGAUACCGGGGGUGAUCGUCACGGUCACGGAGGAUAUGGUGAAUCCUGAAGAGAGCGGGGAGGAGGCGCAGACGAAUUAUCGGCAAGGUGACCACGGGAUCAGCGAAUCCAUGGCUGAUGACGCUGAGGAAGGAGUAGUGAGCGAGUCAUCAGAAGACCCGGAAGAGGAAGACGAUGAAAAUGAGGUGUCACAUGAUGUGGAACCGUCGGCGAACUAGCGGUUGACUGGUCCUUCGGCUACAGGCCUCCCAACUGGGAUACAAUGGAGCCUGGUACGAA